ACAAUUCACAAGCCCAAAUAUAUGUGUAGCACAAUUAGCAAUUAUUCAAACCCUAAGGUCGAACAUCCACCGGACCACCCCAAUCUCUUUCUCUCGUUCGAGUUUCCGGCGAAGGUCCGGCGAGCCUAACAGCAGCAGUAGUGCAGCACGGAGCCGCCGCCUUUAGCUCUCCUUUUCCCAACCCGGCGCGACAGCAGCAACAUCCACCACCACGGUCCACCGACUGCCCUUUUCUCAACUCGGCGCGACUGCUCUCCUUCCCAGGCGGCCGGCGCGACUGUCUCCUUUUCCCAGCUCGGCGCAACUGCUCUCCUUCCCCGGCGCGACUGGAAAGGCGCCCAAGUUCAGUAAGCGCGUGAUGUGAGGAGUUGUUGGAAUAGUUCGUCUUGAUUGAAUUAAGGACUCGCUUUUUGAGUUGCACAAACCCCUCUCUCUUCUAUUUGCUCUUGGAGGAAAAGAAAUGGCUGAUAUUGCAGAAGAGAACAACAAAAAAGAUGGCAGUGAAGCCGAGGAGAAGCAGCGGACGAGGCAUAAGGGGAAGCACGACAAAGAUAAACCGUGGGAUGACCCCAGCAUCGAUCACUGGAAAGUCGAUAAAUUUGAUCCAUCGUGGAACGAGAGCGGCAUGUUAGAAGUUAGCUCAUUUUCUACUCUCUUUCCUCAAUACAGAGAGAAAUAUUUGCAAGAGUGCUGGCCAAUAGUGAAAGGUGCAUUGAAAGAGCAUGGUAUUGCUUGUGAAUUAAAUUUGGUUGAAGGAUGCAUGACAGUUUCAACAACCAGGAAGACGAGGGACCCCUAUAUAAUUGUCAAAGCUAGAGACCUCAUUAAGCUUUUAUCACGAAGUGUUCCUGCUCCUCAGGCAAUAAAAAUUCUUAACGACGAGAUGCAGUGUGACAUAAUCAAGAUUGGAAACUUGGUCCGCAAAAAGGAACAAUUUGUUAAAAGAAGACAACACUUAGUGGGACCCAAUUCUUCUACCCUUAAGGCACUCGAAAUUUUAACAGGCUGCUAUAUUCUUGUCCAGGGGUCCACAGUUGCAGCAAUGGGUUCAUAUAAAGGUCUAAAACAAGUUAGGAAGGUUGUUGAAGAAUGCAUUCUGAAUAAAAUGCAUCCAGUAUACAACAUCAAGAUCCUAAUGAUGAGGAGAGAGCUUGCUAAAGAUCCUGCUCUUGCAAAUGAGAAUUGGGAUAGAUUUCUUCCGAAGUUUAAGAAGAAAAAUGUCAAACAAAAGAAAGUUAAAGCUAAAGACAAGAAGCCUUACACACCUUUCCCUCCACCACAGCAACCUAGUAAGGUUGAUUUGCUACUGGAAAGUGGAGAAUAUUUCUUAAGUGAUCAGAAGAAGCAAGCAAAGAAGUGGCAGGAGAAGCAAGAGAAACAAGCAGCUAAAGUGGCUGAAACCAAAAGGAAACGAGAAGAGGCAUUUGUUCCUCCUGAGGAACCUAGAAAAGAAGCUCCAAAGCAUGCUGAUGACAAUAAUGAUGUUGCUGCUCUUGCAUCGUCUUUGAAGAAAAAAGCAAAGGAUUUUAGCAAACAAAAAUCUGCUGAGAAGAUUGAUGCAGCGUCAUAUAUUGCAGCUUCUAAAGGGCCAUCUGCUAAAAAGAAAUCGAAGUGAACCUGAACAUUUAGGAUUUGCUUCUAUGUUAUGUGAUGUUAAAUCUGUUGUAGCAGCUAAUACUUAGAGAGAAACAUUUUACGAAAAUGCUUACAUCUCAGAACCUGCUUAUUUGAGAACGGUUUGUAUACUUGAAAUGUGGAAAAAUGUUAUUUGGGUAGCA